AUGGAGAACACAAUGGCUUACCAUGAGAUUGAGUCCACAAUACAACAAUAUUCAGAAAGUCAACAGAACAAGUGGGGUGACAGUCUUACUCAGAAAUCUAUCAUCGAACUACCAGCCCGGACUUUCAUCAACAUAAGAUCCAAUCCGUUAGAUGAGCUAAAAGUCAUUUGGAAGGAAUGGACCCCGGCACGCCGUUUAAAAUUCUCUCAAACAUAUGGGCACAUUGGUUUCUUGUUGCAUGUAUCGGUAAAUAUCCCUGCCAUAAAAGCACUGGUCGAGUUCUGGAAUCCACCAUAUCGUUGCUUUACAAUGAAUGGUAUCGACUUGACACCAACCAUCGAGGAGUAUACUUCGCUUUUGCAUCUAGUCAAGUUACAGACACCAUACAAACCUUAUGUGCAUGAUGCUAGUGUUUCGUUCGUGAAGGAGAUGUACGAUGCUGUCGGGGUCAAAAUCCAGAAAACAUUCUCAGAGGGAGGUGCAGAAGUAAGGAAAAUCUCUUGGAAGCAGUUGAAAGAAAUAAUCGAAAAAGAAGAAAAAGAAGAGGUUCAAAUGCAUAUGAUGGCAUUAGCUAUUUACGGUUUGAUCAUUUUUCCAAAAGAACUAAACAUGAUUGAUCAAGCUACUGUUUCGUUUGUAGCACAACUGUUAUAUGUCUGGAUGGUAGAUCACUUAUCGUCUAACAAAGGGGGCUUCCGUGGUAUUUUCUCCGUGAUCCGAAUCCCUUUGGCUGAAUUUGAGGAUACCCAAUUAAAGGAGCAGUUAGAUAAAUCUAAAUGGAACACAAAAAUGUGUGGCUUGAUCGACUCAGGGGUAACUUGGCUGGUGCCAUGGAUGGUCCGCUCUAACAUGAUAUAUCGGUGUGGAAAUCUUCCAUGGGUUCCAUUACUAGGCCCAUGGGGAGGGAUAGCAUAUGCCCCUUUGAUGGUCAGAAGGCAAUUUGGGGCAUCUUAG